GUAAGGAAGAAGAAAAUGAUGAUAAUAAUACAUAUGAUAUUGAUCAAAAUUCAUCAAUUCGAACUACUUUAAUUUUGGAGGAUAUCAUAAAUCUAAGAGAUCCAAUUUUCCAAGAAAGAGAUACUAUACUGUCUGAAGUUUUGAUUAUUUCAAACAAUACUGUUGAAGAAACUAAUUUAGACUUUGAUCCAGAAUGCUUUAAAUGUUCAUGGGUGAACAUAUAG